CACGUCCCCCUCUGACGAGUGUGUCCGGUGAUGGCUGAAGUCGAGGUGGCAGUCAGCGGCUCCAGAGAACCAAAACAAAGCGGAAUAAUAUCUCUUCGGAGACAGAGGCAGUGUCUUUACCAAGCCCUGGUGAUUUCUACAGACUUCCUGCGGAUUUCUGCCUCUUCCCCGGUCACUCUGAGUGGAUAGUCUUUUAACGAAUUAAUCGUUUUUGUGUGAGAGAUCAGUGUCUGCGCUCUGUUCCCGGGAUCUGUGACACACGAUAAGAGAGCUGAACACUAAAGCGUCUGUUUUAGAGAUCCUCUGAAGGUGGCUCGACUUCUUCCUGUCCAUGUAAACCCUCCAUACUGUGACGGUGUGUGUGUGUGUGUGUGUGUGUGUGUGAGAGUGUGAGAGAGAGUUGCCGGUCAUGGCGUCCUGGUUGGGGGGUCUGGGCUCGGGCCUCGGUCAGUCUCUCGGUCAGGUCGGAGGAAGUUUAUCUUCUUUCACCGGACAAAUCUCCAGUUUCACCAAAGAUAUCCUGCUGGAAGGAGCGGAAGAAGUCGGAGAUGCUGCCACCGAGCUGCACGUGUCGAACUCGAAGCUGCUGGAGCUGGAGGCGGCUCUCUCUGCGCAGAAGUCAGAGUACGAACGCUUGAGGAGAGUUAACGCUGAGUUGGAGGAGAAGCUGGAGGCGGCGGAGAUCCAGGUCAAACAGCAGUCGCUGGAGUACAGGACCAUACUGCAGCAGAAAGAGGUGGACAUCAGCCACCUAAAAGCCAGACAAAACAGUUUACAGGAAGAAGUCCAGAAGCUCCGUCUCUCCGCCCGGGAUAUCUCGUCUUCCAUUUCCGAUGCUGCCGUGCUUCCAGUUACGACUGUUGCCACCACCACCAGCUCCUCCUCCUUCCUGUCCCGCCCCUCACCUGGCCAUCACGGUUUCCACAGCGACGAGGUGGACCUCAGCGAUGUCCUGUGGUCGCAGCAGGAAAUCAACCGGCUGUCCCACGAGGUCCAGCGUCUGGAGGCGGACGUCGCUCACUGGAGGAGAGUCGCUCAGACAUCGAAAGUGUCAGGAGCAGAAAAAGGUGACCAUGGGGAAAUCCUGAAGCUGCAGAAAACCAUCAAAGAGCUGCGAGAGGAAAUGGGCCGUGAGGUAGACGAGCACCAGCACGAGCUGGCCGCGCUGCAGGAUGCUCAUCGGCAAAAAAUGGCGGACAUGGCGAAGCGGCACAGGGACGAGCUGGCGGAGUAUGAGGAGAGGAUCGAGGAGCUAGAGGAGCAGAUUCAGAGUGGAGCUGCUGCCACUCUUCCCACUCCAACAGCAGCAGCAGCAUUGCCAGAUUCUUCCAAACUGGAAGAGCUGCAGGCCAUGAUUCGCUCCCUGCGUGAGGAGGCGGAGCUUCAGAACAGAAAGUGCAGCGAUCUAACGGCGAGUCUCGAGGAGGCCCGGCGCCAGGGGGCGGAGCUUCAGCGAGAGAAGGAGGAGGCACAGGCAGAAAACUCCGAACUUCUGCAGAACUACGCUCGGCUCCAGAGUUCUGUUAGUGAACUUCAGACUCGGGUUCAGGAGCAGGAGAGCAAGGCGAUGGUCAAAGCGCAGCAUGACAGUGAGAUGCUCGCUCUGAGGAAAGCCCUCACCGACGCUGAAAAAGAGGUGUCCAGGUUGAAAUCUCUCACACAAAGUGCUGAGGUUGAACACGCGGACAUCCUGGAGCUCAACACCGUCAUCAAUGCGCUGAGAAUGGAGAAAGAAGAAGUAGAGAAGGAGAAGUCAGCGUUAGUGGAGAAACUCCGGCUAGCUGAGAACCAGAGCAUAUCUCGUGAAGGCUCCGAGGACCUGCAGCUUGAAGUCACAGACCUGACGAACCAGCUGAAGCAGAGAGAGGAAGCUUUAAAGCAAGCACACAUCAGCAUGGACACCUUCACAGCAGAGCUGGAAGAACUUGACCAGCAGAACCAGGAGGCCACUCAGCAUCUCAUCACUAUGAAAGAUCUCCUCGCUACACAGAAGUCUCAGGCUGAAGCUGAAGUUAGCCGUCUAAAGUCAGAGCUUACAGUGGCACUCGGUCAAAAAGAGGCACUUCAUCAGGAGUUGGAGUCCCAGAAGGAGAAGCUCAGCCAAAGUGCGUUUACCCUCAACGACCUGCAUAUGGGCAAACAGCAGCUGGAAGCCACGGUGAGAGAGCUGAGGGACAAGUUAAAAAAGUCUCAGGAGCUUGGCAAAGAGACACGCAUGGAGGCCUCUGACCUGAAGAAGCUUCUGCAGGAAAGAGAGACUCAGCUGGAUGCUCUUCAUAAGGAGCUGAGUCGAGCAGUGGAACGCGGGGAUGAGGUCAAUGGUCAAAUGAAAGUUCUGGAACAGAAAGAGAAAGAAAUCCAGGAUGUGCAAAGAGAGCUGAUGGAAUUGAAGGUUCUGUAUGAGAAAGUGUCAUCUGAGGACUUUGAGUUAAAGAUAGAGAACAGGAAGUUGAAAGAAGAUGGCCUUCAGGCUCUUGAUGGCCAGGCUGCUGUCAGCAAAGUAGUCCUGGAGAAAGACACUCGCAUUGAGGCCUUGAAACUAGAGAAGAACCAGCUAGAAGUUGAGCUGAAUCAAGCGGAGGACCGGCUUUUGGAUCAGGCCAAGCAGUACCAGCAGACCAUCGAGGAGCUGACUCGAGCACGAUCCUUAGAUGCCUCUGCCUUGCAGAUGGAACACGAACGUGCUGUGAAGCUAAACCAGGAAAAGGACUUGACAAUCGCAGAACUGAAGCGUGAGAUGGAGCAGAUGAAGGCUGACCACAGAGACACCAGUGAAAUGUUGGACAUCACCGUGGCUGGACAAAAGCAGCUCACCGAGCUCUUGCAGGAGAAGGAUGCUUUCGCAGGGUCAUUAAAAGCUCAAGCUGAUGAAGCACAGAAGGAUUUGGAGGCCAGAAUCUUGCAGGCAAGGCAAGAAAGUGACGCACUAAAGAAAGUGGUAGAAGAGAAGGACAAGCAGCUAGGGGCUAUGAAGGAGAAGAACAGCCACCUGAAAGAGGAAAUCGACCGUCUGAAGGAUCAGCAGAGUAGACCACAGGUGAUGUCCGAACCAAGGACGCUGGACAUAAUCACAGAGCUGGAGACUGAAGUUGCACAGCUCAAAGCUGCUAGAGACAGAUUCGAGGAAGAAGCAAAAACCUUGAGGGCAACAUCAGAACAACAACAGGAAUCGCAUAUACAAUCGCAACACAUGUUACAGGUGCACCAGAGCGAACUGGAUCAGGCUCGGUCGAGACAUGAGCAAAGCACCCUCAACUACGAAAAACUGAUCAGCGCCAAGGAUGAAGAAAUCACGAGGCUGCAGAGGGAGAUGGAAAGACUCUGCGUACAAAGUCAACCUCAGACUGUGGAAAUCCUUCAGGAGGACAAGACUCGUUCCCUCAGCGGUGAGAAUGGCAACGAGAAGCAUGACUUGUCGAAGGUGGAGAUUGAAAAACUUGUAAAGGGCAUUAAGGAGAAAGAGACGGAAAUCAUCCAGCUAAACGAGAAGAACCUCUCUUUGACCAAACAGCUUGAUCAGCUUGUUGUCUCUCGCGAUGAAGUAGGCAAACUUUCUCAAAUAGUGCUUCAAAAAGAUCUAGAAAUCCAAGCUCUUCACGCUCGUGUUUCAGGUGGAUAUAGCCAGGAUGUUCUCUUGCUUCAGCAGCAGAUGCAAGCUUACGCAGUCGAGCGAGAACAAGUGCUCGCUGUGCUGAAUGAGAAAACACGUGAGAAUAGCCACCUGCGUUCAGAAUACCAUCGCAUCAUGGAAAUCGUUGCAGCCAAGGAGUCAGCGUUACUCAAGCUUCAACAAGAGAACCAGCGCCUGUCCACAAUGAGCGACCCUUCGGGAAGUCAGGAGAUGUUCCGAGAGACCAUUCAGAACUUGUCCCGAAUCAUCCGCGAGAAGGACAUCGAAAUCGAUGCUCUUACGCAGAAAUGCCAAACAUUGGUCACCGUCCUUCAGGCAUCUGGUGGAGACUCUGCAAGCGGAGGUUCAGGCGGCGUGAGCAGCAAUCAGUUCGAGGAGCUUUUGCAUGAGAGGGACAACCUCAAGCAGCAGGUCAAAAAGAUGGACGAGUGGAAGCAACAGGUGAUCACAACUGUGAAGAACAUGCAGCACGAAUCCGCCCAGCUUCAGGAAGAGCUUCUGAAACUCCAGGGUCAGGUGUCCGCUGACAGUGAUUGCAGCUCCAAACUUUCAGUCGACUACUCCAGACUCAUCCAAAGCUACGAGCAGAAGGAGAAAAGGCUGGGCAGUUUGAGUCAGGAACUUGCCCAGGUACAGCUGACCAUCAGCCAGCUUAGCACCACUAAAGACGUCCUGCUCGGAAAGCUUGAUAGCGUUACUCAGGUCCCAGAAAUUUCCGCACAAUCUGUCCAAACUGUAGGACACCAGACUGCCCAGUUUAGCCAGGACGCACCACCACAUCUAUCAGGUGUUCAAGAUGAAAGUUUACGACACGAGCUGGAAUCCUUACGAAGGAUGUUAGCCGAGAAGGAGAGUAUGUUGAGGACACUUCAGGAGAACAACCAUCGCUUGUCAAAUUCGGCAUCUUUGUCGGAAAGCGAGCACAGAAGCCAUGCAGAGGAGCUCAGACAAGCACAGGAGAGGAUGGAGAUCCUGCAGCGGUCCCUCCGAGAAAAAGAUCUGCUUAUCAAGACCAAAGGAGACCAACUGCACCAAGUGAGCGAAACGUUGCGCAACCGCGAAAACGAUAAUGAGGUCCUGAAGCAGGCCGUAACAAACCUAAAAGAGCGGGCUCUGAUCCUCGAGCUGGACGUCAAGAAGCUGAAGGAGGAGAACGAAGCCGUGACGGCGAAGUCGCGAGAGAAAGAGACAGAGUUCCGAGCACUGCAGGAGACCAACAUGCAGGUGUCGCUGAUGCUGCGGGAGCGAGAGUUCGAGUGCAGCACCAUCACCGAAAAGGCUGCGGCCAUGGAGAAGCUGCUCAAAGACAAAGAGCAGGGUAAGAGCGGGGAGCUGAACCAGCUGCUGAAUGAGGUAAGGUCCAUGCAGGAGAGAGCUCUGGCCUUCCAGCAGGAGCGAGACCAAGUGAUGCUGGCUCUUAAACAGAAGCAGAUGGAGACUUCUGCGCUCCAGAGUGAGCUGCAGCACACUCGCGAUAAAGAGCAGAGGCAGAAGCAGGAGUUGGAGCGUCUCCGCAAUCACCUUUUGGAGAUCGAGGACACAUACACGCGCGAGGCGCUGGCGGCCGAAGACCGGGAGAGCGAGCUCAGGCGUAGGGUGGCGAUGCUCGAUGAGAAGCUGGUGUCAUCCUCCAGUGCUGUGGAGAGCGCCAGUCAGCAGGCCAGUCUGCAGGUGGAGUCUCUUCAGGAGCAGCUGAAUGUCAUGGCCAGGCAGAGAGACGAGGCUUUGCUUCAACUCCACGCCGCUCAGGAGCAAGUGAACCAGUAUGCAGUGUCUCUGUCCAACCUGCAGAUGGUGCUAGAGCAGUUCCAGCAAGAGGAGAAAGCCAUGUACUCAGCAGAACUGGAGAAACACAAGAAGGAGAAGGAGGAGUGGAGGAGGAAAGCGGACAUGCUGGAGGAUAAAGCCUCCGCCCUGCAGCUGAAUCUGGACGAAGCGAAUGCCGCGUUAGAGUCGGCUUCCCGCCUCACUGACCAGCUGGACCUGAAGGAGGAGCAGAUCGAGGAGCUGAAGAAGGAGGUGGACAAAAGACAGGAGAUGCUGGAAGAAGCCCAGCAGAAACUGACCGAUCUGCUCAACAGCACUGAAGGGAAAGUGGACAAAGUGCUAAUGAGGAAUCUGUUCCUCGGAUAUUUCCACACGCCGCGGAACAAACGCGCCGAAGUGCUGAGACUUAUGGGUAACGUGGUCGGACUGGAGCGGGACGAUGUGGACAAGAUGCUGGAGGGUGAGGAGGGGAGGAAGGGAGUCACGGGCUGGGUGUCAGGGUGGUUAGGAGGCAGCAGAGUGGUGCAGAGUGUCCCCACCACACCACAAAGACCCACCCACACCCAAAGCCUCAACGGGUCUUUCUCUGAGAUGUUUGUGAAGUUCCUGGAAGUGGAGUCCACUCCGUCUGCUCCUGCUCCCAGGCUGCCCGUUUAUGACAUCAAGCCUCUGAACGCGCCCCCUGCUGGUCGGAAUGCAGCCGGUGCGCCUAUUGCAGGAUCGUCAGGCAGUGGGAAGCGUGGCGUGGACUCCAACCCGUUCCUGGCCCCUCGCUCUGCAGCAGUUCCGUUGCUAACGGCGGGCGGCGGAGGGACUGCUGGUGGUCACCUGCUCAUGAAGCCCAUCUCGGACGCCCUCCCUACGUUCACACCCGUGCCGGUGGCAGCCGACGCCAGUGCAGGGGCGGUCCUUAAAGACUUGCUGAAACAGUGAUUAGCCCGAAGACGCGGUCAAUCAAAGCACUUUAGGAGACGCCUGGAGACGGGGCACUAGAGCUGUUUCUCUUUGAUUAUUUUAAUAAUGAGGAAGGACGGGUAGGUAACUCGGAGUCCAGGUCGGUCUGCAGCGGUGAAACCUUUCUAAAAGGUGUUUCCUGAGCCAUCUGCGUUUAAUUCAAUCUUUCUGCGGUCUGUAAUCAGAAGUGUCCUGCAGUGAAAACCUGCGUUUGCUCUUUAAUAUGCAGAAGAUCAUUUGUCUUAUGAAAGAUGGCCAGUUGGCUUGCAGAUGCCUGUGGGAUUUAUUAAGACCUUCUCCCCGUCUGUGAAAUCCAUACGAAUAGCUUUUUUCUUUCUUUCAUAUUUGAGUUUUUUUAAAACUAAAUGCUCUGCAAUUUUUCCCCCGUCUGCCUCUUUCUCCGUCUCGGUUACAGUAAUGACUCUAACGUCCGAUUUGUGGUUGGACAACUGAAUAUUCUGAAAAUACAACACUUCUGCUGUAUGUAGCUGCAGUGUUAUAAAUAUGUACUUUAAAAAAAAGUGUAAAUCUGAAGCAGUACUGGAAAAGUUCACAAACCCAAGAGGCAGAAAGUUUGUACAUAGCAAUUUCUUAUUAAAAAAAUAAAAUAAAAGCUCUUGUGUAUAUUUAGCGGUAUCUUAUUAUUGGCUUCCAGGGAAACAAUUAGAAAAAAGGUGUGUAUUUCCAUUAGCCACCAAAGAUACAAAGAAAGAACUGCCACUUGUGUUGACUGUAAAAACAAUCCUAUUUUAUGGAAACUUGAGGGAUUUAUUAGUGCAUUGGGAUUGAUCUGGGAAAGUGUGAUUAUUAAUUUAAGCUUUCAGCAUGUUUAUCAUUGGCUUUGUUUUGGGGUAAAGUUUAAGGUUCAAAACACACUUCCAGUAUUUGUAAUUUAAUGCAGAAAUAAAGAUCUCUGCGUACGCAAA